GAGAAGGAAGGAGGGAAUAGGCGACGGAGGGCAGGGAGCCUGGGACGGGACGGGAGGGGAGGCCAGGGGAGGGGAGGGGAAGGCGGUUCUGCGACAAACAAGAGGAGGGGCGCGCGCACGAGACCGGAUUGAUGAUUGAUUGAUCGAUCGACCAAGAGCACCCUCCCGGUGCUUCGAUGUGUGCACAGAUCAACAGCUUCUGCUCGAGCUCGAUUCGAUGGAAAGUGGCAGAUAAGUUGGACCCAUAGUAUUAUAGGUCGCGCGGCCCGUGAAGCGAGUGAGUGCACUGCGGUAGAAGCAUGGGGAAUGGUGGUGUGGCGCAGCGCAGAGGAGCAGGAGAAGAAGAAGCGGUAGGGGUUGCGAAGAGGAGUGUGUGUGGUUGACAGGACCGGUGCAGGAGGAGGAGAAGUAGUAUAUGGCGACCAAAGUGGAUCCGCCGAAUGGGAUCUGUCCGGCCGGAAAGCAUCACUAUUUAUUGUGGAGGAGUGUGUUUGAGAUCGACACCAAGUACAUUCCAAUCAAGCCGAUUGGCAAAGGGGCGUAUGGUGUUGUCUGCUCUGCGCGCAACGCCGAGACCGGCGAGAAAAUCGCCAUCAAGAAGAUCACCAAUGCGUUUGAAAACACCACGGAUGCUCGCCGGACGCUGCGAGAGAUUCGGUUACUGCGGCACUUGUUUCAUGAAAACAUCAUUGCGGUGAAGGAUAUUAUGAAGCCCACUGGACGGUACAACUUCAACGAUGUGUAUCUGGUCUACGAGCUCAUGGACACAGAUUUGCACCAAAUCAUCCGCUCUUCUCAAGCUCUCACCGAUGACCAUUGUCAGUACUUCAUAUAUCAGUUACUUCGUGGUUUGAAGUACGUGCAUUCGGCGAAUGUUCUGCAUCGAGACCUGAAGCCAAGCAACUUGCUUCUCAAUGCGAGUUGCGACUUGAAAAUAUGCGACUUCGGUUUGGCUCGGACGGGAAGCGACAAGGGUCAAUUUAUGACGGAGUACGUGGUCACUCGAUGGUAUCGGGCUCCAGAACUGCUCUUGUCGUGUGAGGAGUACACGAGUGCCAUCGAUAUGUGGUCUGUGGGUUGCAUAUUUGCGGAGUUGCUCGGCAGAAAGCCCAUCUUUCCUGGAAAGGACUACAUCCAUCAACUGAAGUUGAUCAUCAACAUUAUAGGUUCCCCUGAAGAGAAUGACUUGCAUUUUAUUAACAGUCAGAAAGCACGCAGCUACAUCCGAUCUCUCCCCUUCCAACCUCGUGUUUCGUUGGCGCGGCUUUACCCUCGAGCGAAUCCUUUGGCAAUAAAUCUUAUUGAUAGGAUGCUUGUAUUUGACCCACGCAAGCGAGUGACCGUGAAUGAAGCGCUGGAGCAUCCAUAUUUGUCAAUGCUGCACGAUGUUACCGUGGAGCCAUCAGCGCCAGCACCGUUUGAAUUCGAUUUUGAGGACGAGGAUUUGAAGGAGGACGCCUUGAGGGAGAAGGUGUGGAAUGAGAUGCUGUUUUAUCAUCCGGAGGCAGCUAAUGAGGCAGUGUAGUUGCAACAACAAGUUUCUUGUUUCUCGAAGUUGCGAAAUAUGGCUGUGUAUAUCUAUGAGACAUUUCCUGUUGGAUGAGGAAUUGUCUCCGAGGAGGAUCAAAGCUGGAAUUCUUGAGCAAUAGAAUCUAAGAAUUCUGAAGUUCAGAUCUGCAUUUCUCACCUCUUAUUUAUGAGUUGAAAGCCUGUAUAGGACUGUGCAUAAACUUAAUCGUGGACGGUUGGUUGAUUUUGAUUUGGAAAUGGUGCGGUUUUACCUCGUAAGAAGUACCAGCUGCUGUAAAUUGUAAGGCUUUGGGGUUGAGUUGGAACAGAAGACUCUCGAAGGUUCAGUGUUUGUAAGAAGUGAGUGCAAGCGAAUUUGGCCCUCUUCCCACCAGAGCAUAUAAGAGCGAUGAAGUGGAAGGUUGUUAGACUAGUCUCUGCAUUCUAGUUGAGGAAUGCUAUUUUGUGAGAACUGACAGAAGGCCAUAACAGCCUGCGAACGUGUUGAAAUGUUCAUGAAGAUGAUAGACUAAGAAUUUAUGUUGUCUUUAUGAAUUUCAUCUCAAGCCG